UCGUGAAACAGUCCAUUGACAUAACUCACCGUUUUAUUUGUCAGAGAGGAUUCUAAACAUUCGAGACUAAAAUUGGUGGAUGAUCUGUGCUUAUGGUUUCUAAUAUAAAUAAAACUCGAAAAGCUGCCGAAAAUAUUGAGUUUAGUAGAAGUAUUAUCUCUUAAAGUAAUUAUUACGUUGUGCAUGGUGUGAAAAAUUGGAAACAUAACAGCUACAUAUCUUCCGGUAGUUGACUACAGUAGAGCAAAAUUGUCUCAUAAUUUUUCGGAUAGAUUCUUCUUGCAGAUGGUUUCACAUUCUAUAAUUUUUAUAUUCUAUCACAUAUGGAUAUUAUUAUAAAUGACAAAAUUAUUAGUGUUAGCUGAUCAGCUGAUCAUCAUAGGAACAUUUUGUUUCCUUUCGUUUGACGUUUUCGUGGUUUGCCCGUCAAGCAAUAAUCACCCACUUGCAGGCCACUGAUCGUCUGGAUUUUUGGCAUUAACAAAUUGUUUUAAACAAUCAAGGAUGAGCGACGAUGACCGAGAUAUUGAUAUUUAUAGUGACGAAGGAGACGACUCAGAUUCGAGGCAAAGACACUCUAAUAACACGCAAUAUUAUUCACAGGCUGAAAAACGAGCACAUCACAAUGCUUUAGAGCGCAAAAGAAGAGAUCACAUCAAAGACAGUUUUUCCAGUCUUCGAGACUCUGUACCUUCAUUACAAGGAGAAAAGGUUGCGAGCAGAGCUCAAAUUUUGAAAAAAGCUGCAGAUUAUAUACAAUAUAUGCGGCGUAAAAACUCUUCCCACCAACAGGAUAUUGAUGACUUGAAACGUCAAAACAAUUUAUUGGAGUCUCAAAGUAUGUAUUUUCGAACUCUGGAAAAAGCAAAGAUAACGGGUAAUUUUGCUGCAGAAUCCUGUGAAGUUUCCAAGACAGAUUCCGUGGGAAUCGGCGGAUACAAUGACUCCGAGUCUGAGUCUUCUGACAGCGAAACAGGGCGUGCAAUUCGUCAUCCGAAAAAAUUAAAGGUCGCGGGUCACCAUCAUUGACGGACACCCACGACCUUAAUCCAAUAUAAUCGAUUUAACCCUUUAUUUUGAUAAAAUGAUUGACUUGUAAGUAAUAUAAUUGUAUCAUGUGAACGUAUAUAAGGUAGAUACUUAUUUAAAUAAAUAAAUAAUAGUUCUGUUUAUUA